AUGGAAGCAGUGAUCGCUGCAAACAACUGCAACGGCAUGGCCAUAUGCUUGCCAAAGCCUCUUCUCAGGAAACCCACCAUCAACAUUUUCCCGUCUGACAAUUUUCUCAGAAAACAAAUGCAGCACCGAGGGAAGACUUCUCUAUGGAUCGCUUCAUCAAAGCCCGAGAUUGCAGAGGUUUUGACGGGCUUCGAGGCUGCUGAUGCUGAGAUGCAACGGAUGGAGCCAUUGAAGACUGUCCAUGUGAGAUUUCAGUUGCAGAAAGAAUGCUCCUUCGGUGAGCAUUUCCUUCUUGUAGGGGAUGACCCCAUGAUAGGUUGUUGGGAUCCCUCCAAUGCCAUACCAUUGAACUGGUCUGAUGGACAUCUGUGGAGCGUUGAGAUGGAUAUACCUGUUCAGAGGUCAAUUCAGUUCAAGUAUGCGCUCAAGCGAACCACAGGAGAGAUUCUAUGGCAGCCUGGCCCAGACCGAGUUUUCCAAACCUGGGAAACAAAUAGCAAAAUUACCAUUACAGAAGAUUGGGAAAGUGCUGAAUUUCAAAAGAUGACUGAAAAAACAAAUAAUUCUGAAAACGAAACCGUUGCAGAGGACAAUUUGAAUAGCUCAAUAGAAGAUUUGAAGCCAGCUGAAGACGCUGCUUAUCCUGCAGACAAGCAAACAAUCAACUUAAGUGAGUUUAUCAGUACAGAGAAAGAAACUUGGCAAAAACAGGGGAACCCAGUUAAUAAAAAGAAGGAUCUUGAAGGAGCAGAGAGGAUUGGUGAUAGCAAAACAAAGCCCAUCAGCAGGAGUGGUAGAUGGAGAGCUACAACUGACAAGACACCAACUAGCUUGGAAGCACAGGAGGCACUUCUCACCUAUGAAGAAGGUCCAGUUUUAGUACCUGGGUUGAAGCCCGCGCCGUGAAUCAGCAUCUGCGUCGGUUCUGAUGACAGGGAGAGGUGGUGUAAUCGGAGGCCAGAUGCCUGAAAUAACUUGUCGAUGAGC